CAGUUCGAAUAUUAGUAUUCGCGUCUCCGGGCAGUGUGAUAAAAAAAGAGAGCCAAUUAUUCCACCAGUCAGAUAUCGCCAAGGCCGAUCAUCAAGACUAAAACCCAUUGUCCUUCCGUCGACUUAAUAUCGCGGGGGGCGCAAAACAGUCGCAAAAAACACAUUCUCAUCUUCACCCUCCCCCCCUUCCGUUUCCUCCGGAUCGUCCAACGUCCGCAUAUCUUUCUAAUCGUCUCUGCUUCCCCCUCAUCCUACUAGGUUCGGCCGGCGUUCCAGAGCCUUGAGUGCCCUCCCGGUCUAUUUACCUCUUUAGCCAUGGCGGCAGCAGCACCCCUCGACGACUUUGCGCAAGCGCUAUCAAGUUCCCUGGCCGAGGCAAAGCUUGUGCCUGGCUCUGCAGAAGCACUCAUCCCCCGGGACUUUAAGCCGGCCACUCGACUGGCUAUCUCAUUCGGCGGACGGGAGGUUGAAUUGGGUAAUCUGUUUCGAGUCAACGAGGUCAAGCUGGCACCCUUUGUCUCCUUUGAAGCCGAGGUUGGGGAUUCGUUGGAAGAUGCAUCUUAUAUGCUUCUCCUUGUCGAUCCCGAUGCACCAACGCCAGAUGACCCCAAGUUUGCCUUUUGGCGCCAUUGGGUUCUGCCAGGACUGAAACCAUUGGCCGGGGCCGACGGUGUUGUCGCCCAGACGAAGGCGGCUCUCACAGAGUAUCUCGCCCCGGGCCCCAAGGAUGAAUCUCAACCACACCGUUACCUGUUCUUGCUCUUCCGCGAGCCCCAUGGAUUGGCUCUUACGAAAGAUGACGUUGGAGGCGAGGAAUUUGUACAACGACGCUCAUUCGAUCCAGUUACGUUUGUCGAGAAGCAUCAGCUACAGCUGGUCGGUCUAAACUGGAUGAAGGGUGCUGGCGAUGGCUGGACGGAGUGAUGGACGGCACAACACCCUCCUAAUCUCUCUCUCUCUCUCUGCCUCUCUCUCUCUUCACAUUCUCGUUUCAGAUAGGCCCGCGGCAUGCGGCUGUGAACCACAACGAUUGUCAUGCGCUGACAACCCUCCC